AUCAUAUACUCUGGACGGGGCGGGGCUCGGGUGCCGGCGAAGCUGUUUGUCCUCUUCGCGACCCCGUAGUGACGGGAUUGUUGAGUUGCAGAAAUCUGGCUUUCGAAUAAAGCUUUCCUCUCCGAUCCUCGGGAAGUUUGUUGCAGUUUCUGAGGGAGCUGCUUUUGAGUAAUUCCGGUUCAGACAUGUCGCCGGCUCCAGCUGCCCCACCAGUUCCUGCGUCGGUCUCCCUGUUUGACCUCACUGCGGAUGCUCCACUCCUUCGGGGCCUGAGCCUGGUGAGCCAGGCUCCCGAGGAGGCUAUGGUCCGGCCUCUGCCUACUUCCUGUCCAGAUUCAGGGAAGAAAGCAAGCCCAGAAAAAAAAGUACUCCAGGGUCCUCUGGAUAUUUCAGAGAAGUUAUUUUGUUCAGCCUGUAACCAGAGCUUCCAGAACCACCAGGAACAGAGAGAACACUAUAAGCUUGACUGGCAUCGAUUUAAUCUGAAGCAACGUCUCAAGGACAAGCCUCUCCUAUCUGCCUUGGACUUUGAAAAGCAGAGCUGCACAGGAGAUCUGUCCAGCAUCUCAGGAUCAGAAGAGUCAGACUCGGCCAGUGAAGAGGAUUUACCAACACUAGGCAAAGAAAGGGCUGAAUGUGAGAGGCCUAACCGACCCCAAGGCUUUUUCCCCCAUCGGGUUCUUUUCCAGAAUGCCCAGGGCCAAUUUCUUCAUGCCUACCGCUGUGUCCUAGGCCCUCACCAGGUUCCUCCAGAUGACGCAAAACUGCUACUACAGAGCCUGCAAAAUGGAGGUCGCAGACACUGUGUGGUGCUCAUGGCUGCAGCAGGGCACUUUGCUGCUGGCAUUUUUCAAGGAAGAGAUGUGGUGACACAUAAAACCUUUCACCGCUAUACUGUGCGGGCCAAGCGGGGUAGCGCCCAGGGCCUUCGGGAUGCCCAGGGUAGGCCAUCACGCUCUGCCGGAGCCAACCUGAGGCGUUACAAUGAAGCCUCGCUGUAUAAGGAUGUUCGUGACCUGCUGACAGGGCCAGGCUGGGCUGAAGCUUUGCAGGAGGCCAGCAUAGUUCUGUUGCGUGCCCCCCGUUCUGGCCGGUCCUUGUUCUUUGGAGGCCAUGGGGCACCCCUGCAAAGGGAGGAUCCCCGACUUUGGGAUAUCCCCCUCACUACCCGCAGACCUACCUUCCGCGAGCUCCAGCGUGUGUUCCAUAAGCUGACCACCCUCCAUGUUUAUGAAAACUCUCCGGAAACAGUCAGAUUGCACUCACCCCAGACACACUGGAAGACAAUGAGAAAGGAGAGGCAGAAGCCUACUGAGGAAGAAAGAAAAAGGGUCUCGAGCAGUGAAAAUGAGGAGCUUGGACGGAAUGGCAAAUCAUCUAAACAGGGUUCAGGUUCAGAAGAUGAGGAUGGAUCCCAGGUAGAGUUGGAAUUGGUGGAGCUGACCCUGGGGACCCUGGAUUUUCGUGAAUUUGAGGUAUUGCCCAAGAGGAGGAAGAGAAAAAGGAAUAAGAAGGAGAAAACACAAGACCAUGAUGUGGGUGCACAUAUGACUGUUAACCAGCAACCCCAAGAGGAUGAGCCUGUUUCAUCUGCUCAGUCAGCCCAGGUGGUUGCAGCCCCCUUGGGGUCUUCAGUGGAGGUAUCAGAGGCCCCUGGUGAGCUAGAACUCUGGGAUAUACUUCUAGCUGCUUGCCGAGCUGGAGACAUUGGACAGCUGAAGCUCCAGCUGAGUGCUGGAGUUGCAGACACUGAACUUAUGUCUCUACUCAGUGCCCCCAUGGGCUCUGGUGGCUUUACCCUUCUGCAUGCAGCAGCUGCAGCUGGAAGAGGUGCAGUGGUUCGGCUGUUGCUGGAAGCAGGAGCUGACCCCACCGUGCAGGACUCCCGAGCCCGGCCACCUUACACUGUUGCAGCUGACAAAUCAACACGAAAUGAGUUCCGAAGGUUCAUGGGAAAGAAUCCAGAUGCCUACGAUUAUGACAAGGCUCAGGUGCCAGGACCACUGACCCCAGAAAUGGAAGCACGGCAGGCUACACGGAAGAGGGAGCAGAAGGCAGCCCGGCGGCAGCGAGAGGAGCAGCAGCGGAAGCAGCAGGAACAGGAAGAGCGGGAACAAGAAGAGCAGCGCCGAUUUGCUGCCCUCAGUGACCGAGAGAAGAGAGCCCUGGCUGCAGAGCGCCGCCUUGCUGCCCAGUCAGGGGUCCCUGCCCCUCCAGUCCUGGACUGUGAGAUCACCAAUACUCGACGCUGCUGCAAUUGUGGGGCAUCGCUCCAAGGCCUCGUUCCCUUUCACUACCUCGACUUCUCUUUCUGCUCCACACGUUGCCUCCGGGAUCAUCGCUCUCGGGCAGGGAAGCCUGCUUCCUGAUCUUCCACCUGGGGCCAGCCCUAGGCCUUGAGAGGACACAUUUACACCAGCCCCAAGUUCCUCUUCCCCAUGAUGCCAGACAGUAUUUGGAAGAGCAGGGUAAGAAACUUGCAGGAACCAGGGCAGAGACAGGGCCACAGAGGCAUGUGGAACUGGUACUGUCUCUGGAUCUUUAAUCACAAUAAAGUUUGGCAAGGGAA